UCUGUAAAGCUCGCGCUUUUUCUUACUUUAUUUUGUGAAGACCGUUGGGCCGUUGACAACCAGCUGACGACUGGAGAAGAAGCUGCAGUUGCUUAAAUAAGAAGAAAAUGAAGUACGUGUUGGUUACAGGAGGUGUGGUGAGUGGUCUGGGGAAAGGGGUGACUGCAAGUAGCAUUGGUCUUCUCCUUAAAUCAUGUGGUCUUCGUGUUACUUCCAUUAAGAUUGAUCCUUAUCUCAACACCGAUGCGGGUACAAUGUCUCCUUUUGAGCAUGGUGAAGUGUUUGUCCUUGAUGAUGGCGGCGAGGUGGACCUUGACCUUGGAAACUAUGAGCGUUUCCUAGACAUCACAUUAACGCGUGAUAAUAAUAUAACAACGGGCAAGAUUUAUCAGUCUGUUCUUGAGAAGGAAAGAAAGGGAGAAUAUCUUGGCAAGACUGUCCAGGUUGUUCCUCACAUUACAGAUGCCAUCCAAGAGUGGAUAGAACGUGCUGCCAUGAUACCGGUUGAUGGAAACGAAGGUCCUGCCGAUGUUUGUGUCAUUGAAUUGGGUGGAACUAUAGGUGACAUUGAAUCUAUGCCAUUUAUUGAGGCCCUUGGUCAGUUCUCAUAUCAUGUGGGCCCUGGAAAUUUCUGUUUGGUUCACGUCAGCCUUGUGCCUGUUCUCAAUGUUGUUGGUGAGCAGAAAACAAAGCCCACCCAGCAUAGUGUUCGGGGACUUAGAGGACUUGGCUUGACACCAAAUAUUCUUGCCUGCCGUAGUACAAAGGCACUUGAUGACAAUGUCAAGGAAAAGCUCUCUCAGUUUUGCCAUGUGCCGGCAGAAAAUAUUGUCACUCUUUAUGAUGUUCCAAAUAUCUGGCUCAUUCCUUUACUACUUAGAGAUCAAAAGGCACAUGAAGCAAUCUUGAAAGAACUGAACCUUCUAGGCACUGCAAUGGAACCUGACUUAACAGAGUGGACUGAUAGGACCAAAGUUUAUGACAUGCUCCAUGAUCCUUCAUUUACAUUGCAGGUUAAAAUUGCUAUGGUUGGCAAAUAUGUUGGGCUUAAAGAUUCUUACCUCUCUGUUUUAAAGGCACUUUUGCAUGCAUCUGUUUACCAUCGCAAGAAGCUGCUUGUUGAGUGGGUUGAAGCAAGUCAUCUUGAAGAUACUACUGCUGAAGAGGAUCCUGAAACUUUUAAAGCAGCAUGGAACCAUUUGAAGGGUGCUGAUGGUAUCUUAGUUCCCGGAGGUUUUGGUGAUAGGGGAGUGCAAGGGAAGAUUCUUGCUGCAAAGUACGCUCGUGAAAGCAAUGUUCCUUUUCUGGGAAUCUGCCUUGGAAUGCAGAUAGCAGUCAUAGAAUACGCACGUUCCGUUCUAGGUUUGCAUAAUGCGAACAGUGCUGAAUUUGAUCCAAAAACACCAAAUCCUUGUGUCAUAUUUAUGCCAGAGGGUUCAAAAACUCAUAUGGGAGGAACCAUGCGUCUGGGAUCAAGGAGGACUUAUUUGAAGGUUCCCGAUUGCAAAUCUGCCAUGUUGUAUGGUGAUGCAACCUUUGUUGAUGAACGGCAUCGACAUAGAUACGAGGUCAAUCCUGAUAUGAUAUCAGAACUUGAAGCUGCCGGUAUGUCAUUUGUUGGCAGAGAUGAAAGUGAUAGGCGGAUGGAGAUUGUUGAAUUACCAAGCCAUCCAUUUUUUAUCGGUGUUCAGUUCCAUCCUGAGUUCAAGUCGAGACCAGGAAAACCAUCUGCACUUUUCUCAGGACUUAUUGCAGCAUCAUGUGGCCAGUUGGAUUCACUUCUAAACAAGUCUAGCCAUAUCAGCAAAACAGUGGGAAGUGGGAUGAGUAAUGGAAAAGCAACUUACAAGGCUCAUCAAAAUGGGAACUAUUCCAAUGGUUUGAACGGGUCAUUAAACGGUGUGUGCAUGAAUGGUAACGGUAUGCACCAUUAAGGAAGCCACAGGAUAGAACUCUUUCCGGUUACGCGUUGAAGUUGGUGGGAAAGGAUCCUGAUAGAAAACUGUUUUACAUUACGGGUUUGCGUGUGUCCCAGGAGUUUUUGAUAGAGAAAUCUGGUCUGUUUGUACAGUUUAACGUUAGGAUUUUAGCGGUUGAAGGGACUUUAUUUUCAAGAAGUAGCUGGUUUUGAGUAUGACACGGUUUAUGCAGGCACGUAACGGAACAAGACGUUAGAGAAACCGGACCGGACGGGAAUUGAAUUUACCGUCCAUCCAGCAUCCUUUGUUUGCAAGAGUUUUUUUUGGGUAGUGCAGAUUGGAUUUUUAAUAAUGAGAAACGUGUCUGUCUGUCAUAUGAACAGUUGAAAGACAUGAACAAUACAAAAGCCAUUAUGUCUGCAGUUUAAGGAAGAAAGUUUUUCUUAGAUGA